CUUCAAAGGAGUGUGGAAAACGGACUGACUAGCUCUGCAACAGGAGGGAAGUUGAAUUUUACGGUUUUAUUGGAUUAUCAUGUAGCACAGCUGGAAAACUAACAGGGGAACUAUGAAGGCUUGUUUAAUAUAUUUGACGGGGAAUUGUUAGAGUAUAAUUAGUUUUUAACUUUUUUCAACUUUGUUGUUUAAACCAAGGAGACUUUACUGCAAGUUGAAGAAACGUUUUACAUAUAGAUGACUGGAUGAAACAGGCACAACGGAUUAUGGGAAAGAGAUUAAUGUCAUAAAUGACAAAGCGAGAUGGAGUUUAUUAUUUUGGUUGUUUGAUGCCUUUAGCGUCAGGGAUGGCAAUGGAUAUGUGUGGAGGUUAGCUCAUAUGAAUUGGUGCGUGCGUGUUUUUCUUGGGAACCAAGCUUAAAUGAUUUCAAACGUUUUAAGUGCACGGUGUUUGGACAAACAAGUUUUUGGAUGCUGCCUAAAAAAGCUGUAUGCAGAAACAUCGACAUGAAAUUGCACACGUCUUUAUUCGGAAGAGAGGAAAGUUUUUUUUGAACUUAUUUUCUUUUUUAAAAAUCUUUACAGAGAGGUUCUCUUUACGACGGAUAUUGCCUAAGGGAUACUUGUAGCUACUUGUCUAACAGAAUUUAUGAUCAUCAAAAGUCUCAGUCCUCAUCUAAGGUAGAGGACCUCCUGAUAGGAACUUAUCCAACAGUUUUACACUUAAGAAGAUCUCGUGGAAGUUUUAAGAGCUCUCUGAGAGUUGGAUCUCGUUUCAUUUCAUGUGGAGAUGAGAUAUGACAGACUCCAUGGAUACGUCAUUUAAACGAGCUUUGAAGAAACAUCCUUCGUUAAGGACAAGAGAGGAUUUAAACACCAUUUACUGCCAUCUUUAUAACAUGGAUAUUUUAUCACAUCUCAGGGAACAUCAGAUAAGGUCAAUGUGCACCACAGCUCGUUAUGAGAAACACGAAACUAACCACGUCCUGUUCUAUUUUGGAAAGCAAUCUGGAGGAAGAAGAGGCUAUGAAUAUAUCACUUUAGAGCCAUCAGAAAUGAUUGUGGUGGAAGCCGCCAACGACAGUGAGGACCUCGUUCUACAGCGUGAUGCGCCACAUCGCCGGUCCCGCCGGCGAUUUCAAAAUCAGACAGUUAAUCAGACCGGGGAAAAGGAAACCGUCUCAGACAGCCAGGAUCCAUCAGGAUACCAUCUGGAUUAUGAAGAUAACCAGCUCCCUGCAGAUCUCGCCAAGAUGCAUCUCACUGACAAUCCACACCAACAGGUGAUGCAUGUGCCUCCCAGUCAAUCAGGAUGCAGCAUCGCCAGUGACUCUGGGAGCAGUAGCUUAUCGGACAUCUACCAGGCCACAGAGAGUGAGGUUGGCGAUGUUGAUCUGUCAGGUCUCCCUGAGGCAGCAGUGGAUUCGGAAGAGGAGGAGGAGGAAGAUGAAGAUAUCGACCGAGCCUCAGACCCCCUCCUGGGGAGAGAUGUUGUGCGAGAGUGUUUGGAGAAGGAUCCAGUUGACAGAAUGGAUGAUGAUGUUGAACAACUGCUGGAGUUCAUGCACCAGCUGCCUGCGUUUGCAAACAUGACCAUGUCUGUGAGGCGAGAACUGUGCAAUGUUAUGAAAUUUGAAGUAAUUGAACAUGCAGGAAAAGUCAUUCUUCAGGAUGGACAAGAAUUGGAUAUGUGGUAUGUUAUUCUGAAUGGCUCAGUUGAAGUGUUUCAUCCGGAUGGAAGAUUGGAAAUCCUUUGCAUGGGAAACAGCUUUGGGAUUUCUCCCUCUCUUGACAAGCAGUUCAUGAGUGGUUUGGUACGGACCAAAGUAGAAGACUGUCAGUUUGUUUGUAUAGCCCAAGAAGAUUACUGGCGCAUUCUGAACCAUGUGGAAAAGAAUACGCACAAAGUGGAGGAGGAAGGAGAGAUCGUUAUGGUGAAGGAACACCGAGAACUCGAUCGCAGUGGCACCAGGAAAGGACACAUCGUCAUUAAGGGGACUCCCGAACGCCUUAUCAUGCACUUGGUGGAAGAACAUUCCAUUGUGGACCCCACAUACAUUGAGGAUUUCUUACUAACCUAUAGGACAUUUCUGUCGAGCCCCAUGGAGGUGGGGAGGAAAUUGUUAGAGUGGUUCAAAGUUGACAGCCUCAGGGACAAGGUUACACGGGUAGUGCUGUUGUGGGUGAACAAUCAUUUCAAUGAUUUUGAAGGAGAUCCUGCGAUGACGCAGUUCUUGGAGGAGUUUGAAAGACUUCUGGAAGCAGCAAAAAUGAAAGGUCAUCUCAGGCUCUUGAACAUUGCCUGUGCUGCUAAAGCCAAAUGGAGGCAGGUGACUCUGGUAAAGCCCUCCAGAGAGUCUUCCCUCUUCUUCACCCUGCUGGGAGGCAGCGAGAGGGGCUUCGGUAUCUUCAUCGAGUCUGUGGAACCAGGGAGUAAAGCUGCUGAGGCUGGUCUGAAACGAGGAGAUCAGAUAAUGGAAAUAAAUGGCCAAAAUUUUGAAAACAUUACCUCUGCCAAAGCCAUUGAUAUCCUGAAGAACAACACACAUCUUUCCAUUACAGUGAAAACUAAUAUAUUUGUUUUCAAGGAGCUGUUAAGCAGAAUAGUGCAUGAAAAGAAGAAUGGCAUUCCUCACAUUCCCAAAAUCCAGGAGAAGAAAGGGAAUCGCUACUCCAUUCCUGAUCUUCCUGGAGACAUGGAGCAGAUGUUUCCUACUGAAAAGGGAAACAAGAAGAUCAAAGCCAAUACUGUGUCGGGUGGAAGGAACAAAAUCAGGAAGAUCCUGGACAAGACACGCUUCAGCAUCCUGCCUCCGAAACCAUUCAGGGGACUGUUUUGUGAUGGUGGCGUAGGCCAGUCCCAAGAUGACAGCAUUGUUGGAACCAAGCAGUGCAGACAUAGUGUUGCUAUCAUGCCUAUCCCAGGAUCUCUGUCUUCCAGCAGUCCUGACCUCCUGCAGCCUGCUACCAGUGUGCUGGACUUCUCAAAUCCUUCAGCUGUAAGCUUUUACUACAUUCCAGAUCAAGUUAUCCGCGUUUUUAAGGCUGACCAGCAGAGCUGCUACAUCAUUAUAAGCAAAGACACAACAGCCAAGGAUGUGGUGUCUCAUGUGGUCAAUGAGUUUGGUCUGACGGCAGCUCCUGAUACCUAUUCCCUCUGUGAGGUCUCCAUCAGCCCUGAGGGCGUGAUCAAACAGAGGAGGCUUCCUGAUCAGCUGUCCAAACUAGCCGACAGGAUCCAGCUAAACGGGCGAUACUACCUGAAAAAUAACAUGGAGACAGAGACUCUGUGCUCAGAUGACGAUGCUCAGGAGCUGCUGAGGGAGAGCCAGAUCAGCCUGCUCCAGCUGAGCACGGUGGAGGUGGCCACACAGCUCUCCAUGCGGGACUUCGAACUCUUCCGCAACCUCGAGCCCACAGAGUACAUUGACGAUCUGUUCAAACUGGACUCUGCGGCCAGCAACACCCACCUCAAGCAGUUCGAAGAUGUCAUUAAUCAAGAAACGUUCUGGGUGGCCACUGAGAUCCUGAAAGAGCCCAACCACUUCAAGAGGAUGAAGACCAUUAAGCACUUCAUUAAAAUUUCUCUGCACUGUCGGGAGUGUAAAAAUUUUAACUCUAUGUUUGCAAUAAUCAGUGGCCUGAACUUGGCACCAGUAGCUCGUCUGAGGGGAACAUGGGAAAAGCUUCCAAGCAAGUAUGAAAAACUCUUCAGAGAUCUCCAGGACAUUUUUGAUCCUUCAAGGAACAUGGCUAAGUAUCGCAAUCUACUAAGCAGCCAGAGUAUGCAACCUCCCAUCAUUCCUCUCUUUCCUGUUGUGAAGAAGGACUUGACAUUUCUUCAUGAAGGUAAUGAUUCCAGUGUGGACGGUCUCGUGAACUUUGAGAAGCUGCGGAUGGUUGCCAAAGAGAUCCGCCACGUCGUGCGCAUGACUUCUGCCAACAUGGACCCAGCCCUCAUGUUCAGACAGAGGAAGAAGAGGUGGAAAAGUUUAGGGUCUCUCAGCCAGGGCAGCACUAACUCGAACGUGCUGGACGUCCAAGUGGGGGCGCACAAGAAGCGCGUGCGCCGCAGCUCUCUCCUCAAUGCCAAGAAGCUGUACGAGGACGCCCAGAUGGCACGGAAAGUGAAGCAGUAUCUUUCCAAUCUGCAAGUGGAAACGGACGAGGAGAAAUUCCAGAUUAUGUCGCUGCAGUGUGAACCCGCCUACAGCACCUUGUCCAAGAACUUAAGUGAAAGGAGGUCAGCCAAAUCUGACAUGUCCCCGGUAUCCUCAAGAUCAUCACUUCCAUCUGGAAAAUCCCACCAGCAACACAGAAUGAGCCAGGUCCUGCAGGUGCCCACUGUCAAUCUCUACCCACUGCGGAAGAAAGGGGCAUCCAAGGACAUUGUCUCAUUCAGUACUAGUUCUCCACAGGUGGUAAAGAAACCUGUCAGCUCAUCUGAGGAGGUGAACUGUAAGAGAGCUGCAGAAGACGCUGGGUCGACUGCCUCUUCCCUUCACUCCAGCCCCCCUGUCUCUCCGCAGGGAUCACCCCGCAAAGUUGGCAGUGUCCCAAAGUCUCAGAACUCGAGCCAGAUGAACCUGUCGGGCUCCUCGUCCUCACUGACCAGCGAGGCUAGCACCAGGAACAGUGCACACCGCAGCUCUAUAGGUAUUGCUGUGACUGCUCCGACAAGGUCUGAUAACUUCUCGGACUCGAGUCACAGCGAGAUCUCCUCUCGCUCGAGCCUCGUCAGCAACUGCUCGGUGGACUCCGUGCCGGCCUCUGCGUCAGAGGAGCGCUGCUACUUGCAGGCCUGCAGCCUCGCCGAGAGAGCCGGGGCCGCAGACAGGAAAAACGGUGUACACUCCGCAGCCGACUGUAUCCAGCCCUGUACCAGCUAUUCAAUGCCACGGCCUCCUGUCACGAGGGCGUCAACAUUCACGUCUUCAACGAGCAAUGAGGAGCUCACACACGAUCACAUAUUCCUUGACACAGCGGACAGCGGCCGAGGGAGCUGGACUUCCUGCUCCAGCAACUCCCAUGACAAUUUCCAGAGCAUCCCUGGCCAGAGGGCCUGGGAGCUCAGCUCCUUCCGCCACACGCAGCUGGAAGGGCCCAUAGUGGAAGUGGAACCGACAGGUUCAUGGGUGGACGAUGCCAGUAAAAGACAUUCCAAGGACAGCUUAGAGCUCAACCAGUCCAGGCAAAGCUGGGCUUCUUCAAGUUCCCUAUCUGACACUUAUGAAGGGAACUAUGGGACUAUAAAGCGUAGGGCUCCAGAAAAUUCUGUGGUGACACAGGGCGCUGCUUUGGACAGCCCCCAAAGGACAGAUGCGUCUUACAAAACUGUCACCUCAAGCACAGAAAAGGGACUUAUAGUGUACUGUGUUACGUCAACUCAGAAGGACGAUAGGUAUAGAGGGCCCCCCCCAACUCCGCCGGGAUACCAGGGAAUCUCCUUAGUGGAUGUAAAGGAAGGACCGUCCCGCCACCCACACUUAAAACCUCCAGACUAUAGCGUGGCAGUGCAGAGGUCAAAGCUGGUGAAGCCCCCAUGUGCCAUUGUUUGCCAACCUGAAGCUGUUGCACAUUCGAAGAGACUAGUUCAGUCCCAGAUGCAAUUCCGGCAAGACUCUGACCCUAGUCUAGGAAGUGUUAAUCGGCAGAGCCAACAUGAUAGUGAGGAAGAUGGAGAACAAGUGUCGGCUGUCUAGUUCUCUGAGGAAGACUUUAAAGGAGUCUCGAAGGAUCAGUGGACACAGUCACACUGGAAGAUUAAACUUAUGAGUGUUUUAUUACAUAAGCUAUACCAGCUUGCUGCUGUCUUUUAAUGGAGCACAUUUUUCUAAUCUUGCUAGAGGGCCUACACCAUCACAAACUGCCCUGUAUUGGGACAUGUACAAUAAAAUUGCAAAUAUAGACAUAUAUUUUUAGAAAUUCUUAUGUGGAGUACUUUUCUUUUCCAUCCUUGUAGCCAAAAUCAUCUUCAGUGACAGUGCCCGUUCUAAUGACCUUGGAUAUUUUGAACAAAAAGCAAAGCACUGCAAAAUCUUCAGUUUCCUCCAUGUAAUGGGAUGGACGUUAUUUAAUGACCUCAUCUAUGGUUCUGUGAUGGGGGGGAAAAAGUAUUAAAGUGCUAUAGCACAAUUUUUGUGUUUUUGACCAAAAUCAAUUUAACUUUUCUUUUUAGAUUUUGCUGUGAAAUAUCAGACUGGUCAGUGUGCUUAUUAAUAGGUGUUGUAAUCUUAUGCUUAAAGUAGCAUGCUAGUACUUUCUAAAUAUGUUCCAGCGUGAUCAGCAUAAUUUGUACCUAGGAAGGGGACAAAGUAGUCUUUUUAAAAGAAGCAGGAUUAUGGUAGGUCUAGUAAAAUGAUUGAAUCCACUGACUUCUCACAGUAUAUUUUCUUAUUUUCUUGCUUUCUCUUGAGGUUCUUUUGAGUGUAAAAUUGAAAACAUUUGGCUUUGUUCUAAAAAUGUUUUAGUCUACUCCAGCUUAUUGAACACAGGUUACUUCCUAGCGCAAUGCUGCCAUCUACCUGCUUAAUGCCAAAAAAUCUAAAUAUGAAUUUAGAAACUGAGGCCAAACAUAAUUGUAAUAACAUCUUCUGUUACUGUUUCACACUAGAAUCAAUUUAUAUAAACACUAUACGCUUACAGGUUGACAUUUAAGACAAAUAUGCAACCUGAAGUUAUGACAUUGCUUACAUGAGUUAUGCAGCUACAGCAUUUCUUAGUAUUUACUCUGUCUUGUUGGGGUGUGUUAAAAUGUUAAAUAAUACUCCAAGUUGUUAGUUAUCUAAUAUUAGUCAAACACUUAGUAAAAAUAUAUUGAGCCUUUUUCAUGUGGAAGCUAUAUCAUAAACAGUGUGUAAACGUUACUACCAUGAAGCAUCAAUUAAAAAGCCUUCCUUUAUCCCUUUUCUGGUAAAAUAAAACAAGAAAAAGUAAAUAUUGCAGUUCAUGGAUUCUCAGCUCCAAGUCUUGUUGGCUUAGCUCUGUUAAAGUUCAAGCUUCUUUAUAAAACUUCAUUUUGCGACCUGGAAACAUACUAAAUUAGGGGGCUUGCAAAUUACUCUGUAAAUCAAGUAAUGUAAUCAAAUCAAAUACAAACCCUAGGCCUGGAGUUGUAAACUGCGGAUUUCAUGUUCCAUGUGGGGAUAUAACUGGAAUAUCUCUGGGCUAUUUUACAUUUGCUGUUAGUGCCCAAGGUUUUUUUCCCUCAUUAUGCGACACGAAGACUUGAAGAUAUUAAUGGUAAUAUAUACAUCUAUUUUUUGUUUUAAUAUAAAUUAAUGUUACUGACUGUAUAGAUGAGAAAAAAGCUAUAGAGACUGUAUUUUAAUAUUUUGUUAUAUUGAUAUAUCGAAAUCUGAGAUUAUGACUGCCCCGAAUCGUUUUGAGGCAGGAAUCUUAAAGAGGAAGAUUGUUGUGUAAUUUAAGCUGUUUUUAGUGUGACGUAAAGACUGAAAUUGAGCUUCAUAAACAUUGUACAGAGAUUUUUGUGUCUUAUGACAUAAUGUGUCCUCCCUGCCUCCGCAGCUUAUAUGCUUGCUGCAUUGCUUUACAUCGGGAGUACCUUCUGAAUCACCUCAUCUUUACUCCUUGCUGCUGUCCUGCUCUUGUUGUUGUAUAGGUUGUACAGUAAUCGGACGCAACUGGCUCUUAGAGAUGAGAAAAGAGAGCAGUGUUAACGGCAGGGUCCUUGUGGUGAAACGAAAGCACCGUGGACAACAGCUGCUGGUUCUAAUCCUGGAAGUUCAGCCAGACAUCUCUCAACUUCUGUGCAUAGCAGAAAAAGCUUCUCCUUCCAAUUGGUUGUUUCAACUUUUGUCAACUGACUGAACUUGCAGAAUAAAUUAGCUUUAUUCGUAAAUACGUGGAUUUUCGGCACUGAAAACACUGGCUUAGUCCCCAGCUGAGCCAGUGGCCUCUGAAAUCUUUGCACAUUCCCCAACAACCUUAAUGAAACUUAGUAUUAACAUUUGCCACAAAGUUUGAAGAGAGAUCUUAAAUAUAUAUUCUUGAUCUUUAUAUUUUCCUAAUUUAAAUUACUUGUAGAGCAGUGUAAAUAAAAAAAAAAUAUCAUUGGUAAUUUCAGACUUUUAUUCUGUGCAUUUUCAACUCGCAGUUUGGCUUACUUUUGCAUGGCCUAGCUGUGGUUCUUAUUCAGGUUAGCUGAUCAUAUUGAUCGGUUGUGUCAAUAGCAGAUGGUGUCCCUUUUUUUCCAGCAAAGUUAAAGAGAAAAUGGUACUUCUAGCUUGACAAAUCCUUUACAAAUCCUUAAUCUUUAAAUAGUUGUACUUUUUUGUUGGGUGAAAUAGAACCCAAAUUUACUCUGGACAAAUUAUACUGAAAACAUGAAAAGAGGGUUCUCCGUGAUGAAACGUAUAAGCAUUAGCAUUACUAGUCUUUUAUAUUUCAGUUGAAAGGAUAAAUAAUUGAAGCUAAGGCAAAAUAUUAGUCACAUUUAGUGAGAUAAUUUGUAUUCCGCUAAUUAGUGAGAGCAGAGGUGAAAUAAACUCAGUAGUGUAAACUAUCAGUAGUGUGGCAAUGAGAGUCUGGAUGGUGAUGUUUCAUGUCAGUAUACAUCAGGUUCACCUUGUUUUAUAUAUGGGUUUAUGGAGAAAUCUAAGACUCCCGACCAAAACCCCAUUUCUUUGUCAAGGCUGAUUUGACAGCAAUUUUUGUUGUUGUUGUGGUUCUUGUAGGAGCAACCGUUCAACACAUCUUGUAGUCAUUCUAAAUGCAUUCUAAAUAGGGCUGACACUUUUUGCAUGUUUUUUGCUACAAUACUUGUAUUGGGGUUGCACGAAAGUAUCAUAAACUACUGUGUUUUGAAGUUAAAAUGUUCAACACCAUACACAUGAGUUUUUCUUGGCCGGUGCCCUGUUUUUUUUAAGGAGCCUACCACUUUUUAUAUAGGGAACAACAUCAAAAAGUGUCACUCGUAUGACUAUUCUGUAGCAUUCUCUGUUAUGAGCUACAUAGUUGUGCAAAGUCACGAGCAGUUCAACCAAGGUGUAUUUUCUCUUUAACGUUGCUUUCUGCUAUAUUGGGAGAUUUAUUUUGGCAUUUUCUUUUUUCUGACUUGUGUGUCACUGUUUGCCAAUCGCUUGUCUCUAUUCUAAUAUAUCUGGAAUGCACUAAAUGAGCUUUGGAAUAAAUGUUUUUUAGACCUCUGGCAGAACUGCACAAUUGUAGUCAUACAGGUAGCAAAUGUACUGCACAUGUCUGUGACACAAGUAUUAUCCAAUAAGUUGCUUUUUGUCUCCCAUUUUUCAUAGCUGUUGUAACUUAUGUCUUUUAGAAAGACAAUUUGCCUGUAUGCUUUUUGUAUUUUUACCAGUGAGUGUAAAUAUUUGUUAUAUUUUGUUUAAGAGAAUGUUUAAAAAGUACAGUUUAUUCCUCCAAAUCUACCGAUAUAAAUUUGGACAUCAAUAAACUAUGUACAUUAAAAAUGAAA